GUGUGGUGUUGCACUUGGUAUGUUAAAAGAAUAUAUCACAAGAUUACGAAAUGAAUCACAAAAAAAAGAUAUGGAUAUAAAAUAUGAAAGGAUUGCAUUGAUAAGUCAUGAAUAUUUAAUUCCGUUAUAUCAAAAAGUUGGAUUUAUUUUAAAAGGUGAAAGUAAGGUUGUUCAUGGAAAUGAAAAAUGGUUCGAUCUAACAAUUGAGUUGACAUAA